GUAUUAACUGUUCGCGAUCUGAAAAUGAUGAUGCAAUUCUUAGGGCUGCGCAUGUAUGACUUUCGCUCUAUACUCGUGAGCAAAACGCUGCCACCAAACCAUGACGCUGCAAUUUCAUCUUCUCAAAAAGCGGUGUUAUAAAUUACGCCCUAUAGAUAGAGUUCGAGUGUUUAAAUGGUCAUAGGAAGCUGCUCAGCGAGGCCACCCGAUGUCUGACUCAAUAAAUAUGCGAAACUAUUAUUCGUUUUCAUUUGUAACAGAAGUCUGUCAGUUCGAAAAAGCGAUUAAUAGGCAUGAUUUCACAUCUCUGGCUCCUCCCCCCUCCGCAACUGUAGUGACAGAUGAAAAGCCACGUGCUAUAUAAACGCUACCCAAAGAAGUUGACUGUAAUGUUUAUAAGGUAGAGGAUUGAUAAGCACGGUGAAAAUGUUGGAUAGUUUAUCACCGAAUGUGAAGAACAUUUAUAUGCACACAGGAAACAUUUUAAAUCUGAAUGAAGUUAAGAAAAAGGCUGGACAAAACCCGACAGAUGAGUUGAUUGAAAGUUUGAAGAUAACAUUAAGCAAAGGAGAUGUCAAAGCUGUAGAAGAGGAUAGUGUAAAGAUUCAGCGACUUGAUGAUGACACGCAAACAGGGAUUACCUCAGAAGAUAGAAAAGGCUUGAAAAUAGGAAUUAAAGUAUUUGUUUCAUCUCCAAAGAAGGAAACCUUAUGUGAAGCUCUGGAAACUAUGUUUCUCGCACUCAAUGUCGAUUUUGUCGACUCCCUUGUGUUGGCAUAUCCUAGCAAGGCAGAAAGUACAACUCUCCUUCCAGAGCUUCAAGAGAUGUGGACAGUAUUAGAAGACUACACAGAACGUCAGAAGCUCUACACUAUAGGAGUCAGUGAUAUAGACACAGACAUUUUUGUGGCACUGCACAACUGGGCAAAGAUUAAGCCUAGCAUAAUACAGAUUAACCUGGCCAGUUGUUGUGUGGUGCCACCUGCAUUGCAAGAAUUCACAAAACAAAAUGACAUUCAGUUGCUAACACACAGUGAUCCAUUUGGAAACUAUGGAGAAGAAAGAGAAAUUCUUCCAAAAUCAUCUUUGAACAGUGUCUUCGACUUUACUGGACAAGGUGAAACAACAUCACUAGAACUUAGUUGGGCAUUGAGGUUCCAAGUGCAUGUCAAGUGCAGAGGUGUCUUAGCAAGUAAAGGUUACGUUGUUUGCAUUCAACGUUCUUAGCAGCAUUUUGUGUACUGAGUACUGGGAAAUGUGGAUUUCUGUGGAGCAGCCUUACACUACUGGCAAGAAUGAAAAAAAAAAAAAACACAUUGUGUUUAAAUUGUAAAAGUGCAUUUAUGUGAUUUAUAUUGUGAUGAAUUUUGUUGUCGCUGAGCUGAAUUGUAAAUUUUAUAUGAAAUAAUUGUAAUAUAUAUUUAUGUUCAAUAAAGACAGCAGAGCUUUUCUCUGAGAGAAUUAAGCAUUUAA